AUGAGCCUGAUAGUGGUUUAUUAUUCGAUUCUUGGUACAAUCGUUACAGACACAUCUUUGAAAGAUAAGCCAGUGCUCUGGACGAUGCAGACAAAGUUGGUCUCUUAUGGAGAAAAAUGUCUAAUCACAUUCAUGAACGUUUUACCAAGACAACCCCAUGAACUUUCUAUGGAAGACACACUCAAGCAUCUUUCCAAACUGUUUGGCAGAACCGAAACACAAGUAAGUCAACGUUACAAGUGCCUUCAAAUAUCGAAGACGGAAAACGAAGAUUUCAAGGAGUACGCAAGUCGAGUUAAUCAUCAAUGUGAACUUCUUAAAUUAGAUGAACUAAACGCAGAUCAGUUCAAGUGCUUAAUUUUUAUACUUGGUCUUAAAUCAUCCGAUGACGGUGAAAUCAGAAUCCGUUUGUUAAGACACCUAAACGACAGCAAUGAAAUGGUCAAAUUGGAAAAGCUGAAAAUUGACACAGCGUUAAUCGAAGAGAAACCGAAACAGUGUAACAGAAUUGGUAAGCACAAACAGAAACAGAAAGUACCGAAAACUUCUUGUUGGUAUUGUGGAGAGUUGCGUCCAACAUGUCAACUGAUUGGACACAAAGAUGGUUUUAGCAACAGCGCUAACAAAGGCGUCAGAGCAAAUCAAACCAACAAAAGAGCAAAGCCAGUCAUGAUUCAAACUCAACGACUAACAAAACAAAGCAUCAAAAUUCCAACAGCAGCAACAACAACAACAAAACAAGAUUCAGUGCAAAAUCAGUGUUUCCUGUAAAUCAAGUUCAAUUCAAGAAAUUAAGAAAAUACGUCACCGUGAGUAUGAAUGCAAAACAAGUAAAAUCACAGGUGGACACGGCCUCUGACAUAACGAUUAUUUCAAUCUCGACGUGGAAAUUUAUCGGAGAGCCAGAAGCAUUCACUACGACAAGACACGGCAAAUGAUGCAAAUGCUAAUAAAAUCUAAUUAUUGGCAACAUUUUCAACGGAAGUCACAAUAGGCGAAAUAUCCAAGAUUGUGGACUAUAGUAGUAGUAGUAUUUAUUGAGUCUUUUCUUUUUCGAUUACAUUGGAAUACUGGAAUGUACUUAUCGAUAACAAUAUAAUAUACUAAGAACUAUUGUUGUUUGGUUCUAAUACACGAUUAUUUGUCUUAUUUGCUACUUGCUUAACAUGAAGUUGUGUAUAUGAAUGAAAAAUCAUAACAAAUGAAUUUUGUAAAUAGAAGACUUGCUCCCGGUCCUCACUGUCUCUAACAGAGCUUGAUUUUCUGUUAAAUAAUAAAUAAUCUUAAAAUUAAAAAACAUCUAAAACGAAAUAACAAUAAGUCUGUUAAUCACUAUAUCGAACAGAUCGGAAUGGUUUAACCAAAUAAUAAAUGUAGUAAGGUAUCACAGAUCGUGUGUAUGAACUAUCGAACUUUCAAAUACAUAUAUAAGGCAAGAUA